AUGAUUAAUGAUUUGAGAGGAGAUAUCAAGCUAUUUUCAGAAGCGUCUACGUCCAUGGUGGAUAAUUAUCCUCCAUCACAGGAAAGCGUUUAUCCAUUAAGGGGAAAGGCUGAAGUAUCAAUAUGGCAACGAUUUAAGAAUUCAUUCAAAUCUGCUGAAUACGGAAUGGUGGACCGUAAUCUUUCCACAAUUCAGAAAUCUAAUCUACGUUCUAUAAGGGCUCCAUUUCAGCGAAAGCUAAAAAGAAGACAUAUACAGAUGAUUGCAAUUGGCGGAUCUGUUGGUACUGGUUUAUUCGUCGGUUCCGGAAGUGCUCUUGCAGUAGGUGGUCCAGCAGCACUUUUGAUUGCAUGGACUCUAACAGGUGCUAUGAUGUAUUGCACAAUUCAAGCAUUAGGUGAACUAGCUGCCACAUUUCCUGUCAGCGGCUCCUUUAUGCAAUAUAAUACAAGAUUCAUUUCACCAAUUUGGGGAUUUUGUAUGGCAUGGGAUUAUGCUUUGCAAUGGUGUGUCACGUUACCAUUGGAGUUGGUUGCUGCUUCUUUGACAAUAAAAUUCUGGAACACGUCUGUCAAUUCGGCUUCGUGGGUUGCAAUCUUUUACGUAAUCAUUGCAAUAAUCAAUAUGUUUGGAAUCAAAGGAUUUGGUGAAGCAGAAUUUGUGUUUUCCUUAUGCAAAAUAGUUGCAAUAGUUGCUUUUAUAAUCCUUGGAAUUGUUUUGGACUGUGGAGGAGGACCAGAUCAUGAGUUUAUUGGUGGUAAGUUUUGGCAUGAUCCUGGUGCAUUUGCUAAUGGCUUUAAGGGUGUUUGCUCGGUGUUUGUUACUGCAGCAUUCUCCUUUGCAGGUACCGAAUUAUGUGGUUUGGCAGCUGCGGAGACAGAUAAUCCACGGGAAACACUUCCCUCCGCAAUUAAACAAGUGUUUUGGAAAAUCACCUUAUUUUACAUUAUUUCAUUGAUUUUGAUUGGAUUGUUAAUUCCUUACAAUGAUCCCCAACUUUUAAAUGGUACAUCAUCAGUAGAUGCUAAGGCCUCGCCAUUUGUCAUUGCUAUUAAAAACCAUGGUAUUAAGGGACUGCCUUCAGUGUUGAACGCAGUUAUUAUGAUAGCCGUUUUGUCAGUUGGCAACUCCUCUGUUUUUGCCUGCUCUCGAACAAUUUGCUGUCUUUCGGAGAUGGGAAUGGCACCAAAAGUAUUUGGAUACAUUGAUCGCAUGGGAAGACCGUUGGUUGGAAUAUUAAUUUCUCUAAUAUUUGGAUUGCUUUGCUUUAUCGCAGCCUCUCCACAACAGGAAACAGUGUUUACAUGGUUAUUAGCCUUAUCAGGUUUGUCUUGCGUUUUCACGUGGGCAUCUAUAUGUGCCUGUCAUUUAAGAUUUAGAGCCGCAUUGGAACUUCGUGAAAGAAGUGUGGAUGAACUAACGUAUGUUUCACAAUGUGGAAAAAUAGGUUCAUGGUUUGGCAUACUAAUGAACUCGUUGAUCUUGAUUGCUCAAUUUUACAUUGCUUUAUUUCCAAUUGGAGAGGAACCAAAUGCAGAGGCUUUCUUUGAAGGAAUGCUAUCAAUACCUGUUUUAAUAGUCUUCAUCGUUUUUUAUAUUUUUUGGAAAAGGGAUUCAUUCUUUUAUAUCAAGACAAGGGAUAUCGACAUCGAUACUGGAAGAAGGAACUACGACUUGGGUCACCUUAAACAAGUUAUUCUAGAAGAAAAGGCCCACAUCAGAAGUAAACCUUUCUAUUAUAGAAUAUACAAGUUCUGGUGUUAA